AUGAACGGCUUCUCAAAACACAGCCUCGAUGAGGAUGCAUUCGGGGAGAAGUCGAAUCUCAAAGGUGGAUUGAAGAUAUUCGAUGCUUUCCCAAAAACAAAACCCUCCUAUACAGCGCCUUCUCACCGCGGAGGACAAUGGACCGUCCUCAUCCUCCUCAUCUGCACCUUCUUCUCGUUAUCGGAAUUCCGGGCCUGGCUGCGAGGUACGGAGAAACAUCACUUCAGCGUUGAGAAGGGGAUCUCGCAUGAUCUACAACUGAACCUGGACAUCGUCGUCGAUAUGCCCUGCGAAUCACUUGACGUGAAUAUUCAAGAUGCGUCAGGCGACCGGAUUCUCGCCGGGGAGCUGCUGCAGCGGGAACGCACGAGCUGGAACCUCUGGAUGGAGAAGCGCAACUACGAGAUACACGGGGGCGCCCAUGAGUAUCAGACGCUCAACCAGGAGCACGGUGAUCGGUUGGCGGAGCAGGAGCAGGAUGCACACGUGCACCAUGUUCUGGGCGAGGUACGGCGGAAUCCCAGGAAGAAAUUCCCCCGUGGGCCGAGGCUGCGGAGAGGCGACGUUGUCGACUCGUGUCGGAUUUAUGGCUCCCUGGAAGGGAAUAAGGUCCAAGGCGACUUCCAUAUCACGGCCAGGGGACACGGGUAUCAUGCUGCUGCGCCGCACCUGGAACAUAGCACCUUCAAUUUCUCCCACAUGGUAACCGAGCUGUCCUUCGGCCCGCAUUACCCAACCAUCCUCAACCCCCUCGACAAGACCAUCGCUACCACAGAAGAACACUAUUACAAGUACCAGUACUUCCUCUCCGUCGUCCCAACCAUCUACUCCAAGGGCAACCUCGCGCUGGACGCGUACUCCGGCUCCGCGCCCACCCUGCACGACCCCAACCGCAACAGAAACAGAAACCUCAUCUUCACCAACCAGUACGCGGCGACCAGCCAGUCCACCGCCCUCCCCGAGAGCCCCUACUUCGUCCCCGGGAUCUUCUUCAAGUACAGCAUCGAGCCCAUCCUGCUGAUCAUCAGCGAGGAGCGCGGCAGUUUCCUCACCCUGCUCGUCCGCCUCGUCAACACCGUCUCCGGCGUCAUAGUGACGGGUGGCUGGCUGUAUCAGAUGUCCGGGUGGGUGGGUGAGUUGCUCGGCAGGAGAAGGAGCCGGAAGUCAGAGGGUGUUCUGACGGGUCGGCAUGAAGCGGAUGAGUGA